AUGUUCAAGAUAAAGCUUACUUGGGACUCGCGAGCCACUGCAUCUGGAGGUCCUUUGCAAAGCGUUGGCGUGGGAGAUCGUGUCUAUGCGAUGGAUGUGCUCAAUGAUAAAUUAGUCGUAGGAACUCGCGAUAGAAAGAUUCAUCUUUUUGAUAUGCGUAAUCUUGGUACGCCAGAACAAGUUCGGGACAGUCCACUCAAGUACCAAACCCGUGCUGCUGCUUUCUUCCCAACUGGAGAUGCAUUCGUAGUUUCGUCGAUCGAAGGGCGUGUCGCCAUCGAAUACGUGGAUCCUUCACCCGAAGAACAGAAGAAGAAAUAUGCGUUCAAAUGUCACCGAAGUAAAGAAGAUGGCGUUGAAUGCAUCUAUCCUGUGAACGCUUUGGCAUUCCAUCCCAUCAAUGGAACUUUCGCUACUGGAGGGUCUGACGCUAUGGUUAACCUAUGGGAUCCCUUCAACCGAAAGAGGCUUGUCCAAUUGCACAGAUUCCAAACGUCGAUAGUCUCGCUAUCGUUCAACUUUGAUGGAUCACAGCUGGCUAUCGCAUCGUCAUUUGGGUUUGAGUAUGAACCAGCACCUAACCCUAUGCCAGAGAACACAGUCACUGUCAGGCAUAUCAGCGAUGCCGAGAGCAAACCCAAGUAAUU